AUGGCGUACGACAGGUCCGAGUGGGAAUUGAGUGAAUUUGGUAAUCUUAUCGAAACAGAAAAUGAGAAGUACGGAGAAAUUGUACAGAUUGCUGAGCGAAGGCGCACAGCAGAAAAAUAUAUCAAAAUCAGAAAAAUUCGUCAGGAAAUGACAUGGGGCGUUCGAGUCACCAAGACGCUUUAUAUCUGCUAUUGUGGUCGCUACGUCGCUUACAAGGAAUCUAUCCUGGCAGAGUUGGUGCCACCUUUUCAAUUCUAUCUACGAGAUAAAGAGUACUAUACUACAUACAAGGGCACUCCCUUUCGUCUCCCUGCUGCUUACAAGUUUAAAUACUAUGAGAAUGCGGUAGAGUGCUGGCAUCACAAUGCUAUUCUUUCCGACGAGAAGCAGUUGAAGAUUCUUGUGAGGUACAACUUUGAGAAAUUUGUCAGAGCGCUGGAGACAAUUGGCGAACCCACAGCAGCGAAAAUACAGUAUGACUACGACACCUGCGUGUCCAGUAUUUCCCCAUUCAGCGAAAGUGAAAAUGAAGAAAGCGAUGCAGAUGACGAAGAUGAUCGCAGUGAGGGAAAAGAACAAGACCAUUCUAUCAAUAAGAUCUUCCCAUUCAGUUUCAGUGGUGAUGAAGAAAACGAAUCCGAUGACGAAGAUGAUCGCGGUGAGGGAGAAGAACAAGACCAUUCUAUCAAUAAGAUCUUCCCAUUCAGUUUCAGUGGUGAUGAAGAAAACGAAUCCGAUGACGAAGAUGAUCGCGGUGAGGGAGAAGAACCAGACCAUUCUAUCAAUAAGAUCUUCCCAUUCAGUUUCAGUGGUGAUGAAGAAAGCGAAUGCGGUUCGAAAUCAGAUUGCAGUGAUGAAAGCACAUCGAAAGCUGAAUUAGAUCACGAGGAUGAGACUGAUGAGGAAGAAGAACAUGACCAGUCUGAUGAUGAACUACCGAGGUUGAUCACCUCAAUCAGCGAAAGUGACGAUGACGAAAGAGAAUCUUAUAAUGAAUCAGAUGACGAAGAUGAGGACAGUGAGGAAGGAAAACAAGGCCAUUCUAUCGAUGAGAUCUCUUCAUUGAGUGAAAGUGAUUAUGAAGAAAGUGAAUCCGAUUCGAAAUCAGAUUGCAGUGAUGAAAGCACAUCGAAAGCUGAAUUAGAUCAGGAGAAUGAGCUCGAUGAGGAAGAAGAACAUGACCAGUCUGAUGAUGAUUUACCGAUGAUCACCCCAUAUAGCGAAAGUGUAAAUAGAGAAAGCGAAUCUUAUUAUGGGUCAGAUGAGCAGAGUGAGGAAGAAGAACAAGACCAUCAUUCCGAUGAGAUCACCGAGGACGAAGAGGAAAUGUACUUUGCGAAAAAGGAAGAUAAUGAUAAGAAAUUUGAUUCAGAAGAUGUUCUUAACUUGCAGUUGCUUCAUUGUAGAGAAGAGGUCAGUCAAAAAUGUGAUCCAGAAGAAUCUGAUUUGGGUAUUCUGUUCGGUGCGGAAGAGCACAAUCACAAUUUGGAUUUAGAGAAAGUGGGUAGCUUAAGUUCGCUGGUGGAAAAGGUGGAGCAAGAUGAUGUAUUGGAUUCAGAAGAUGUAAGCAAUAAAGAUCAGUUCAAUGAAGUAGAGGCACAAGGACCUUUCAAUCAAGAACAACAGCAACAACAACAACAACACUGCAGCGAGCACAUGGUCGAACAUCGACCCAGCAAGAACAAGAAAAAGAGAAAGAACAUUCUCAUGGGAUGGUUAUGUUCAAAGAUCAUCAACGUUUUCAUCAAAAGCAAAGUGCUUUUGUAG